AUGUAUCAAAGAAAUUAGCAAGUUUAAAAUAACUUCGAUGUACGUAAUUCUAUAUUCUCACCUGAAACAACUUUAUGGAUCACAAAUAUAAACUUUGUUUUUUAAUUAGAUGCUUAGAUUGUGGUUAAAUAUUAAGAAAAAGUUAAAGAAAAAAAAUUAUAGAUUGGAACUUAAUAUAUUAAAUAUUCAAGAAAUGUAUAUAAAGUAUUUAAAUUAGAAAUAUAUAUCCUUUUAAGAGGCCUUUUUAACUAUUUUACGUAAUUUAGAUGAUGAAAUUAUUGGAUUUAGAUUAGAAAAAAAUGGUAAAACAAUUGAGUUAUUUGGCCAAAUUAAUAAUUGGAUAGCAAUAUUGAUGAAAGAAUGUGUAAGUUUAGAUUUCAUUUCUAAUUAUCAGAUAGUACGAUUGCUUGGAAGUGGAUCUGCAGCUAAUGUAAUUAAUUAAAUAAUACUUAGGUUUAUUAAGUGUAUUCUAAGAUCGAUAAACAAAACUAUGCUAUAAAAGUGUUUGAUAAAUCCUUAUCUGAAAAAGACUCAACUAUCAAAUAAUCAAUAAAAAUGGAAAUAAAGAUAAUGAGAUCAUUAAAUCAUCCAAAUAUCAUACAAUACAAAGGUGUUUUUGAAUCAAACACUCAAAUUAUAGUAGUGUAAGAAUUCUUAGAAGGUGGAGACUUAAAAACUAUACUUGGAGAUGAAAAAAUAAAUGAAGAAAAUGCCAAAUAAAUUUUAAGAUCCAUUCUAAAAGGAUUAAAUUAUAUGCAUAGCAAUGGUAUAUUUCAUAGAGAUAUAAAAAAAUGUAAUUUAAUGUUAAGAACAAUAAACAAUUUUAAUUCUUUAUGUUUAAUAGAUUUUGGACUAGCCGAAAAAGCUAAUGAUGAGAAUAAAUAUUUAUAUAAGUAUUGUGGAACUCCUGGUUGUGUAGCUCCAGAAAUUCUAAGAAAAUAAAAAUAUGGUUUAAAAGUUGAUAUUUAUAGUGUUGGAAUAUUGGGUUAUUAAAUCUUAUUUGGUAAGGAUCCAUAUUAAUCAUCUUCUACAAAAGAAACUAUUAUGAAAAAUUUUCUAGGUCAUAUUGAUUUUUUAAAUAUCCCAGAGAUUUCUAAUAAUGGAUUAUGUUUCUUAAAAUAAUUAUUAUAAGAUGAUCCAAUAAAUAGAUUAUCAGCUUAAUAAGCAUUAAAGCAUCCCUAUUUAUCAAACGAAGAAUAGAGAUUUUUUGUCAGAAACCAUGCAGAUGUAAACAAAAGAAAAGCUUAAUCACCUGUGUUAAAGCCUUUAAUUUUUAAAAAUUCAAGAAAUUCAUCUCCAAAUGGGAGCCCUAAAAUAUUAAAUACUAAAAUCUAUUUUAAGGCUUAGGCAAGCCCUUAUUAUUAAAAUGAGAAAAUAGAUAAACUUUCCUGCUCUUAAAAUUACGGGAAAUUAUCUUAAUCUUGGUAAUUAAAAAAUUCUUUUAAAAAAAUGAAUACAAAAUGA